GCGCCUUACUCACAGCAGACAAGAGAGGAACAAGAGAGGAAUCCAGCCCCAGAGAAGACAUUUUUUUUUCUAAAAAAAAAAAAAAAAAACCUCCUUCUGUGCUUCUGAACAUUUGAUUUCUUUUUUCUUUAACGACUCGGCUCUGAUUUGAACGCCUCUCCCACUUUUUGGAUCUCAAUUUUUUCAGACACUCAUCCAACUUUUCUGCCAUGUUUCCAGACGCGAACAAGGGCUUCAGCUACGAGGACUGCAAGGCCACCUCUGACUGGCUGAUGGCCCAGACGGACAUCCGACCCCUAGUGGGCAUCGUGUGCGGCUCGGGCCUCGGAGGGCUGGCCGACAUAUUAAAGGACCAGGUUGCCUUCAACUACAAGGACAUCCCCAACUUUCCCCAGAGCACCGUGCACGGGCAUGCAGGGCGGCUGGUGUUCGGCACCCUGAAGGGGAGGCCGUGUGUGUGCAUGCAGGGGCGUUUCCACUUGUACGAGGGCUACCCAAUCCAGAAGAUCACACUGCCCAUACGCAUCUUCAAGCUGCUCGGCGUGGAGACGGUUAUGCUGACCAACGCAGCCGGGGGCCUCAAUCAGGACUUUAAGGUGGGGGACAUCAUGAUCAUCAAAGACCACCUGAACAUGCCGGGCUUCGCUGGGAACAACCCGCUCUCCGGACCCAACGACGAGAGGUUCGGCGUGCGUUUCCCCUGCAUGUCUGACGCCUACGACAGAGAGCUGCAGCAGCUGGCCAUGGACGUGGGGCAGGAGCUCGGCUACGCGGACUUCCUGAAGGAGGGAGUCUACUGCGUGCUGGGCGGACCCUCGUUCGAGACCAUUGCCGAGUGCCGUAUGUUGCACAAACUGGGCGCUGAUGCUGUUGGCAUGAGCACAGUCCACGAGGUGAUCAUCGCACGCCACUGCGGCAUGCGCGUCUUCGCCCUCUCGCUCAUCACCAACCAGGCGGUGAUGGACUAUGACAGCGAGGAGAAAGCCAAUCACGAGGAGGUCCUCCAGACAGGCAAGCAGCGAGCGGAGCAGCUGGAGCGACUGGUUACCACCAUGGUGACCCGGAUCGAGCACAACAACAACUUCGCCUAAGGGGCGCUGUGCUGUCAGAUGCCAGAGACGAGGCGGCGCGUGACCCAAAGGGGCUUCAGGUUUUUGUGCUACGACACCAAA